AAGUGAACAGCGGUUAGUUUGACUCCUUUCCUUUCCUUCCUUCUGUCCUCGGUUACCUGCUCACAACCUGGCGGUCGCCCAGGACCACAAACUCCUACCUUUGUCUGCUGGGAGGCUUGCUCCCCGCCUCCGACUCCCAAGUCCUAGGCUCCGGAAGGAUCUGCUCUGGAGUCUCUAGGUCACCAUGGCAACUACCCAGAAGUUGAUGAGGGCUAUUCGAGUGUUUGAAUUUGGUGGACCAGAAGUGCUGAAACUCCGGUCAGACGUGGCGGUUCCUGUCCCACAAGGCCAUCAGGUUCUAAUCAAAGUCCACGCCUGUGGUGUCAACCCAGUGGAGACAUAUAUUCGAUCUGGUGCCUACAGUCGGAAACCCGUCUUACCCUACACUCCAGGCACGGAUGUGGCUGGGGUCAUAGAAUCUGUUGGAGACAGUGUAUCUGCUUUCAAGAAAGGCGACAGGGUCUUCUGCUCCAACACGGUCUCUGGUGGUUACGCAGAGUUUGCCCUUGCAGCAGAUGACACUGUGUACCCCCUGCCGGAGACACUGGACUUCAGACAGGGGGCCGCACUGGGCAUCCCGUACUUCACAGCCUGCCGAGCUCUCUUCCACAGUGCCCGUGUGCGAGCUGGGGAAAGCGUUCUGGUUCAUGGGGCAAGUGGAGGGGUUGGAUUAGCUUCAUGCCAGAUUGCCAGAGCUCAUGGUCUAAAGGUUUUGGGCACAGCUGGUUCUGAGGAAGGAAAAAAGCUUGUUCUGCAAAAUGGAGCCCAUGAAGUGUUUAAUCACAAAGAAGUUAAUUAUAUUGAUAAAAUAGAGGAGUCUGCUGGUAUCAAGCAAGGGGGUGUUGAUGUGAUUAUCGAGAUGCUGGCAAACAAGAACCUUAGCCAUGACCUGAAGCUUCUGUCCCGUGGCGGACGCGUCAUCGUUGUUGGCUGUCGAGGUCCCAUUGAAAUAAACCCAAGGGACACCAUGGCAAAGGAGACCAGCAUAAUUGGAGUUUCUCUGUUUUCGUCCACUAAGGAGGAAUUUCAGCAGUUUGCAGGCAUCCUCCAAGCAGGGAUGGAAAAAGGUUGGCUGAAACCUGUGAUUGGAUAUGAGUACCCCCUGGAGAAGGCAGCCCAGGCGCAUGAAGACAUCAUACACCGCAGUGGGAAGAUGGGCAAGAUGAUUCUUGUCUUAUGACGACUGACUCUUGCCAGGAUGCCCUGUGUCGCUGCCACACCUCCCCCAAGUCUGUCCUACCCUGUUUGAUCAGUAUUCUUUUGAUUGAGUUUCAUGUACUAAAAAUACGAUUCUAGGGAUUGGACACAGUGGAGUGGCAUCAGAGCAGAGAGUAGCGUGCAAGCCCUCUUUGGUUUGGGAGUGCAUCUCAAAACUGUUUUUUGUUUUUUCUUUCUCUUUGUUUUCUUUGUUUGGUUUGGUGUUCUGUAAGAUAGGAUCUUACUAUGUAGUUCAUGCUGUCAUUGAACUCAUGGUGAUCUGUCUGCCUCAGCCUUCUAAGUGCUGGGAUAAAAGUCAUACACUACCACACACAGCUUCAUUUUAGAACUUCUUAACUGAUUGACUUUAUACCUUUGAAUAAAAUGUUCUGAUUCAAA